UGUUGCUAGGUGGAGUGACGUCACGGGCAGUGGCUGACAGCCCUUCUGUAGCUUGUUUACCGGGAGCGGCGGAUAGUCGGCUGGAAUCCGUUUUAAUCCGCCAGCUAGAAACGGCAACGGACUGCGAAGGAAGCGGAGACAGCGAGGCCAGGCUUCGCGCUCACCCCCCAGAUCUGUCUUGCGGGCUUUUGGGUCGUAUGGCUCCCGGGAACCGAUGGUGAAAAGUGCGCCCGGGGUUAGAGGCUGAUUAAGGAGAGCAGGAGAGACCAGAGACCGGGGAUAUGGAGCUGAGGGUCGGAAAUCGCUACCGGCUGGGCCGGAAGAUCGGCAGCGGCUCUUUUGGGGACAUUUACCUGGGUACCGACAUCGCUGCCGCGGAAGAAGUCGCCAUCAAGUUGGAAUGCGUGAAAACGAAGCAUCCUCAGCUCCACAUAGAGAGCAAGAUCUACAAGAUGAUGCAGGGAGGAGUGGGGAUCCCGACUAUAAAGUGGUGCGGUGCGGAGGGAGACUAUAACGUCAUGGUCAUGGAGUUACUGGGACCGAGUCUCGAGGACCUCUUCAACUUCUGCUCCAGGAAAUUUAGCUUGAAGACUGUGCUCCUCCUUGCUGACCAAAUGAUUAGCCGCAUCGAGUACAUUCAUUCCAAAAACUUCAUCCAUCGCGACGUGAAGCCCGAUAACUUCCUGAUGGGCCUCGGCAAGAAAGGGAAUCUCGUGUACAUUAUCGACUUUGGACUCGCCAAGAAGUAUCGAGACGCCCGGACGCACCAGCACAUCCCGUACCGCGAAAACAAGAACUUAACGGGGACCGCCCGCUACGCCUCCAUCAACACGCAUCUCGGGAUAGAACAAUCGCGCAGGGAUGACCUGGAGUCUCUGGGGUACGUGCUCAUGUACUUCAACUUGGGCUCCCUCCCGUGGCAAGGGCUGAAAGCUGCCACCAAACGGCAAAAGUACGAACGCAUCAGCGAAAAGAAGAUGUCCACGCCGAUCGAGGUCCUCUGUAAAGGCUAUCCAUCCGAGUUUGCCACCUACCUGAACUUCUGCCGGUCCCUGCGCUUCGACGACAAGCCGGAUUACUCGUACCUGAGGCAGCUCUUCAGGAAUCUCUUCCACCGCCAGGGCUUCUCUUACGACUAUGUGUUCGACUGGAACAUGCUGAAGUUUGGUGCGAGCCGGGCAGCCGAAGACGCCGAGCGUGAAAGGAGAGAGCGAGAGGAACGCCUGAGACACUCCCGAAAUCCUGGUGCCCGGGGCCUGCCUUCUACUGCUUCCGGCAGGCUGAGGGGCGCCCCAGAAGUCACCCCACCGACGCCGCUCACUCCCACCUCUCACACAGGGAUGGAGCGCGAACGGAAAGUGAGUAUGAGGCUGCAUCGUGGUGCUCCGGUCAACGUCUCCUCGUCGGAUUUAACGGGCCGGCAAGAUACGUCUCGCAUGUCCACCUCUCAGGUACGCUGUGGGUUCCGGCUGUCACGCGCAUUACCUUGCAUUGAUCCUUAG